AUGGAGACUGCCAAAUCUGCAAUUGCAAGUGAACUCGUGAGCCGGUUCAUCUCCUUCCUGAUGAACAAGUACAACUCCUCGAGCCAUGCCCAAUCGGAGAAGAAGGUUGCGCAGAGGUUGCAGCACCUCUUGAUGAGAGCUGGCACCAUUAUUGAGGAGGCAGACACGCGAUACAUAACCAAUUCCGGGAUGAUGAUGCAGCUCAAGAUACUCUCAGAGGCCAUGUACCGAGGAUACAGUGAGCUGGACAAUUUGAGGUACUGUGCCCUCCAAGACAGUGCAGGCUGCUUCGACAAGGUUAGCAUCAACGACUCAUCUAGCAGCAGCUUGCAUUUAGCCAUUCGUUCCAAGCGUUCUCGAACAACAACUGGAAAGGAUAACAAGCAAAAGCGCCACGAGUCACAUGCAGCCUUGGAAAGCUUAGAAAUUGCUAUUGCUAAUAUGGCAGAAUUUAUUGUUCUUUUGGGUGGAUGUGAGCGCAUGUCCCGUAGGCCAUAUGAUGUUUAUCUUUACACUGACAAUUUCAUGUUCGGCCGACACAGUGAGAAGCAAAAGCUCUUGAGCUUCUUGUUGCAGCACAACAACCCUCCUGGUGAUCAGGCACUCGCAGUUCUUCCGAUCAUAGGUGGUGCUGGAGUUGGAAAGAAAACCUUGGUUGCUCAUGUGUGUGCCGACGAAAGGGUUCGGUCACGCUUCUCCUCUAUUUUGCACUUGAAUGGACACAACCUCUUGACUAUACUUGACCAUGGAAGGACCAUGUUUGGGACGAAGUUGAUAGUUAUCGAGUUUGCUUCUGAUGUAGGUGAGGAUGAAUGGAAAAAAUUUCACUCGUUUCUCAUAGGAAUGAGCACAGGAAGCAAGAUCAUCAUCAUAAGUAAACUUAAAAGGUUAACCCGGUUUAGAUCGGUACAGCCUAUUUUCCUAAGUGUUCUGUCUUAUGACGAGUUGAGGUACCUUUUCAAGACACUGGCAUUCGGGAGUGUAGACCCUGCAAUACAUCCACGGCUAGUACAACUAGCAGAUGAAUUUUCCAAGAUGUUGCAUAAUCUGCCAUCAGGUACACUUAUUUCAACAAAUAUUCUUGCGGAUGUGUUAAGAUUGAACCUCAGUGUUCAGUUUUGGCGUUGCAUAUUGGAGAAAGCGCUAAGAUAUGUUAAAAGAAACUACUCCACAUGUGGUGGGCGCUCAAGCAUGCUUACGGACCAAGCUCAUCUAGUGGACAUAACGGACUAUACUUUGCAUCCACUUAGCAUGAUAGCUUGCACUGCUGAUGUUUCAAUCAAGAAGGAAUUGCCAAGAAUAACACUUGGGGAACUUAUAAGAGAUCCUAGUGUUACACCGACACAAGACUUCAUUCUAAUUGCAUGGGAAUCAAGGAUACCGCCUCAUGACUCAUUUCCUCAUUUCGUUAUAAGUCAUGCUCAGGGUGCACAUGAAGGUGGUGCCUUAACAGGGAGGAAGCGAAGUCGAGCGCCAAUCUAAUUUUGUUUCAAAAGUCUUACAAUGCAACUCUUGUUGUAUUUUAGUUUUUUUUUGGUAUAUGUAAAAUGAGUGUUCAGGUGGCCAUGGAAAAACUGUUUCAAGGGGUGAUUGUAUACCAUUCAAAUAACUGUA